AUGUCGCAUUUUAAUUUCAAAGAAAUAAAAAUCAUUGACGAUGGCGUAGAUGACAUAGAUAUCAUUAGAGAUAUAAUAAAGAUUGAAAAGCCAGAAGAUGCCUUUUAUAUAGCAGAUAUCGGUGAUGUUAUUAAACGACAUCACGAAUGGAUAAGUAAAAUGCCUAAAGUUAUUCCACAUUAUGCGAUCAAAUGCAAUUCAAAUCCGACAGUAAUUAAAGUCCUGGCGGCUUUAAACGGUUGUUUCGAUUGCGCGUCUAAGCAAGAGAUAGCGCACGUAAUGCAGUACGGCGUGCAAGGCGAACGGAUCAUUUUUGCGCAUCCAACAAAAUUGCCGUCUCAUAUAAAAUAUUCAAGAAAGAUGGGUGUCCAACAGAUGACGGUUGAUAGUGAACUUGAGUUGGUGAAAAUUAAAGAUUACUUCCCCGAAGCUAAAAUCGUCAUACGUAUACGCUGCGAUGCGAAAAACGCGCCGAUAUCAUUAGGAACAAAAUUCGGUUGCGACCCCCGAAAGGAAGCUAGAUGCCUGAUAAAAUAUACGAAGGAUCUCGGCUUGAAUUUACACGGCUUCAGUUUUCACGUCGGUACCCCGUGUUUAGAACUGGACGCCUAUCGUAGAGGGAUCAAAAUGUGUAAAAAAUUAAUCGCUUUCGCCAAAUCGAUUGGCUGCGAAGACGCGCAGCUGAUCGAUAUCGGCGGUGGAUUCAUGAGCGUGUGCGGCGAAGAUCUCGAUGUGUUGGCCAAUAUUAUUAACAACGCAAUCAAAGACCUCGAUCCCACAAUAAGAGUCAUCAGCGAGCCUGGACGCUAUUAUGUAGGUUCGAAUUUUACUUUAGCUUCCUACUUACAUUCCAAAAAGCUUACUGUUUCCAAAAAUGGCGAAUUGACGAGAAUGUAUUACAUGAAUUGCGGCGUGUACAAUUCGUUUAUAGACGAAAUGUUGGGUCUGCAGGCCAGAAUCCCAGAAUUAGCUUUCAAUCUGGCAAGCGAUGAAAAAUUCCUUUCGAAUUUAUGGGGACCGACCGCCGACUCGUAUGAUCUCAUUCUUAAAGACGUGCUAUUGCCGGAACUUUAUAUAGGCGACUGGUUAGUCUGGAGAGACAUGGGUGCUUACACGUUAGCCCUUUCCAAUACAUUCAAUGGAUUCCCGAUUCCAGAUGUAAAACCAUUUAUUAGAAAGAUCCAAUGGGAAAGUUUUCUGAACGAAAUUAAUCAAACGUGA